UCUGCACACUAGGAGAGGGGCUUAAUGCUCCAGUGGUCGAUAAAGAAAAGUUUCUUAUCAAUCACGGUAGCCUUAGCCCAGCUCCAACUGUACCAUCAUGGGUUUUCUCUGUGGUUUCCCCAUGGUUCUGUUCCAACAGCCUGAGAGGCGAGGUUCAAGGUGAAUACGGUACAGAAAGCACAAGUCAGUCCACAGCCGCAAAAAUUAAAGUAAAAAUGAAGUGUCGGGUGGGACUUGCUGAGGUCCAAUAUGAGAAAUAGAAAAAGCGUAGAGCUAGGAGAAAAAGAGGAAUUAGCCUUGUAAAAACCGAGAGGUGUACAAGUAAAGCAUAAUAAUAAUAAUAAUAAUAAUAAUAAUAAUAAUAAUACUAGUUAUAAGUUUAGACAAAGAUAUCUUCUCCCUGUCCAUGUCUACGUGGCUACACAAGCUGCAAAAUAGAAUUCAGACUUCUAUAGGAUGUUUCUCUGAGGCGCCACCAAAAGUAUUACACGCACUUUGUAAAUCUUCCAAAAAUUGUGAGAUUGCCUUUUCGGAGUGUUAUGAAAGAAAAUGUAAAUGCAAGCCUGAUUACAUCGAACACGAAAAUUCAUGCUACGGUGGACUCUAUUCAAAGUGUUCCAAGCCAUCUGACUGUCUUUCAACCUCCUUCUCCUGUGAGUCAGGUAUUUGCCAGUAUGUUGAAUAUGCAAAAUAUGGAAAAAUGUUAUCUUCAAAACCUGGAGUUAAAGCAUACUGGGUCCAUAGAAAUCAUGUAAUAAAUGCGACUGAAAAAGUCUUCGCCGGAACUUAUCUCACUGGUAGAGUAUACGUAUGCUGUGGAACUAAGUCCAAUAUCACAAUCCCAGAAAAAGUGCGCGAAUCAGAAAAAAAUAAUCCUCGCUGCCGGCCCUCAGAUGGCUAUUUUGAUAUUGAGUAUAUUGAUUAUGAUAUACUGAUUUCUUCUGACGUGGAGUGGAGAAGAGACUCUUCUUACACCCUCGACAAAGCUGUUUACGCAGGUAAAACUAAAAGCAAUAAACCUGUCUUUAUUUAUCGUGUUAAGAGUAUUCAUCAUUUAUUUGUUGGAAUGCUUGACCCUCCACAUUACAAAUAUUGCCUCGUUCCUUACUAUGAUUUAGUAUUGAAAGGUGACAAUUUUGAAAUUUUAGUUCAUAAAUAAAAAUAAAAAAUUUGUAACAACAC